GGCUGCUCCAAGCCUCCAAUUCGUGCCUCGUGACUGAACCUGCGUAGGGGCUGCAUGCGCACUUGCGCAGGUGGGCAAAUCCCCUGGCUCAGACGCCAACUCCCCGCAUUUUGAACCACCCACUUCCCCGUUGCUGCGCCGUUGCUGGGGGUGGUCCAUCUGACUUUGGACGGGGUGAUUUUCACUCAGCUCUGCCGGCCAUCCCUCCAACGUCAUCAUCCGGCGCAUAUAUGAUCAGCGUAGAGAACCACAUUCCCCGAGAUCCUACACCCGAUUCCCGCGACCUUUAAACAAACUUCUCCCACAAACACUAGAAUCAUUCUAGAACACCGCCCAUCAUGACUGACGCCGGCCUGCCCGCAAACUGGGAGGUCCGCCACUCCAACUCCAAGAACCUCCCCUACUACUUCAACUCGGCCGAGAAGGUCUCGCGAUGGGAGCCCCCGGCCGGCACCGACACCGAGAAGCUCAAGCACUACAUGGCCACCCACCACAGCGCAGCCACCCGUGCCGGCGGCGCCGCGCCUGGGGCGCCCGAGGGCAAGAUCCGUGCCGCCCACCUGCUCGUCAAGCACAAGGAUUCGAGGCGGCCGAGCAGCUGGCGCGAAGCGGAAAUCACGCGCACAAAGGAGGAGGCGAUGGAGAUCAUCCAGGCGCACGAGGACAAGAUCAAGAAAUGGGACGUGCCGCUAGGCACCCUCGCCGUUACCGAGUCGGAUUGCUCGUCGGCGCGCAAAGGCGGCGACCUGGGCUACUUUGGCAAGGGCGAGAUGCAGAUGGAGUUUGAGGAGGCAGCGUUCGCCCUCAAGCCCGGUGAGAUGAGCUCGGUUGUCGAGACGGCCAGUGGACUGCACUUGAUUGAAAGGCUAGAGUAGCAUCGCGACUCUAGGUCCACGUGAAUGCUCACUGACGUAUUAGUAACUACACAAAUUAAUGUAGGCUGAUUAUGUUGGGACAUGUGUGUGUGUCAAAAGUUGAUCUACAGUGG